GUUGAUGCGGUUUCACGACGGCGCAUUGUGACGAACACGAAUGCCGCUGAUAACGCCAAAUCGCGACAAUGACGUGCCGAUUGUUUUCAAAUUUUUUCUCAACAUAAAUAAUUAAUAUCGCGGCGAACACGGUAGUCUUUAUUGUCAGAAAGUCAUAAAACUGUUGGAAAUCAAUGCAAACAACAAUAAAGCUAAAAUGUGUGCCAAUAAGACGGAAGCAAUUUGAGCAAAGAAAGCGUUGUAUAUAAACACAAAGUGAAAUCAGUUUGAAACGAGUGAGAAAUAUGUGCUAUAAAUAAUUAUUAGUGACGUCACAUUAAAUAUUGGGCAUUCAGCAAUUAGUCAUGUCACAUAACAUACUCUGUGGAAGUUCUAAAACGCCCCAUUCUUCGCUUUAAUCAGCAUGUAAUUUGUAAAGUGUGAUAAAAAGUUGAAUGCUUUUUAUGUAGCAAGAAACGAAUGAGUUGUCCCUGUAGGAACACUGUAACUCACCGUACAAGGACACCACCUUACUAAAGUCACCACACUUUAGAAUGACAGCUGCAGCUGAAGUCACAAGCAGUCAGUUUAUGAGCAUUACAAGUCAUUACAUUUAAAAAUAAAUAUUUCUUCGAAUUAAAGCAAGAAAUGCAAAAAGUGACUUAUUUCACAUAUUUCUCGGAAAAUAAGUAAUCUCAAUAAGUGUUGGAUUUCAUAGUUGAACAUGGCAAUUAAUCACAGCACUUUUCAAGUCAAACUGACCGUUUAGUAGAUACAGACACAUUUUUUGCUUGCCUUCCACAAAAUUAGGGAAUGAAAACAAAAUAGCAACAUUUUAAAAAUUAUUUGGCAGUUGUAGCCACCAUUCUAUUUGACAUAAAGAAAUCGGUGCUGAACAGGUUAAACCCAUUACAUUUCUUUAAGUUCAUUAAGCAUUUCCGGCGGGCAUGUCGCGGGCGUUUCUUAUUCGUAUGCACUUACUCACACAUAUUUUGAAAUGAAUGUGAGUAAUGAGUGUUGAACUGACUUCUUUUGCGAAUCGCGCAUUCGUAUUGAAACAUGACGAAUGUGGAAAUACUAAAGAGCUUAUCAAGUAAUGUGCAUGUUACAGUGAGUGCUAAAGUUGCUGGCAGCUAGCACUGCAUGUCAUUGCAUUUAAACAGAGAAAACAAAUAACAAAUAACAAUUAAAAAUUAACAUUUUGAAUACAUGUGCAAUUAUCAUAAAAAUGAAAUAAAAUAAUUUAAACAUUACAAAUGUCGUUUUUAUUAAUAGCAGCGGAAAGUUGAACAAAAACACGUUUAUAUUGCCACUUGUUGCGCACCGGAGAAAUAUUCAACAUACAACGUUUAUGCGCAGCGCAAAAUAUAUGUGAAAGGAACCGAUCGGUUGUUCUAAAUAACGCUGAGUUUAUAAAUUUCCUAUCGGAAACGCCCCAUGCGUAAACAAAAUGAAACUGCUGUUGAAAGUGAACUCGGAAAGAGCUCGCAAACGCUACGCUCCCUCAGCGCCUGCAGCAACCGCCACCACAAGACGAAUCAACCAAAAUACGAGUACUGUAAACACCUCAGUUUUUCAAAAGCUUUCCACAUCCUCCAAGCUACUGUUGCUGCUCAUUGUUGUUGUUAUAAUUGUGGCCGUAGUGAUUAUUUACAUACAGAUACAGCAAAGCAACAAUCAGCAGCCCGGGCCCAUAGUGUUUGGCAAUACCUAUGAGCAUGGCACAUUUCCGAAUUUAGGAAAUGGACAUCUGGUGAUAGACCGCGAGCAAUGGGGUGCCUCGGAGUUGUCGAAAACCCUAACAAUACCACUAAAACAUCCGAUACCAUAUGUCAUCAUAACGCACAUUGGCGUCCAGUCGAAGCCUUGCGAAACCGUGUACAAAUGCUCAAUUAAAAUGCGUACCAUACAAGACUCGGCGAUUGCGGAAAAAAACUUACCCGACAUUCAGGCGAAUUUUUAUGUUGGAGACGAUGGCAACAUUUAUGUGGGACGUGGUUGGGACUACGCGAACACUUACGCGAACGACACCUUGGCGGUUACGUUUAUGGGUGAUUACGGACGCUACGAGCCAAGCCAAAAGCAGUUGGAGGCGGCCCAAUAUCUACUGUCCUAUGCUAUCGCCAAUAAGUACAUUGACCUGGGCUACAAGUUGGUGGCGCAAAACCAGACAAAGGUUUCAAAAAGUCCGGGCGCCAAUGUUUACCGUCAAAUCAAAAAGUGGCCACACUUUUAUCCUUGUGGUAUUGGGGACAAUAAGAGGUGCGGCGUUGAGCUCAACAUGCCAGAUGUUUGGGAUGGAAAAAUGUGAACAAUAUCAGCAGCACUAUGACAACUCUACAAAUAAAUAUUUAGCAUAAGUAAAUGUAAUUAUAGAAUAUUUGGGUAAGAGAUAUGUAGGUCUGUAGCACAUAUCGGACAUAUAAUUAGCUUGGUUUUUACAAAAGAUUUUCACGCAAGCAUAUUAUUUUCUAUUAUAUUUAUGACUUUCUUUUGAUACUCUCAAGUAGUCUUACAAACCUAUCCUUAUGCCUGUUACCGUCUAAUUCCACAUAUGUUUAGCUUUAAGUUGAAUAUGAUAUUUGUAUACAAGUUAGAAUAAUAAAAAUAUUUAAACAAACUA